GAGAAUAGCACAGAUCACCUCCAUUUUGUUGAAACUAAUAUUUCCCUCAUUUUUUUGAAUGUUUAUUUGGCUGGCUGCAAAUUUUUAAUUUGAAAGUUUUCAAAACACAAAUGGUAGAGACCAAGGGAUUGCUAAGGAUUGUUAUUAAUUUUUCAGUUCUAUUUUUCAACUUCAGCAGUCAAAAAAUGUAGAGCUCAGAAGGGCCGACAAAGAAUAUUUUAUAGAGCUGAAAAUUGCCGCAGAUGCGCGUAAAUCCCUUGCUUGGAAAGUCUGAAAAGAAUCAGGAUGGAGAACGGAAAAAGAAAGGGCAUAGAGAAUCCAUUUGCUUUGAAAGUAGGGCAAGUCUUUACGGGCUUUGGAGUUGGCUGUGGUAUUGGCAUAGGUGUAGGGCGACCUUUAAAUCUAGGUAUUUACAAAAUAAUCUGUUCUAUCUUUAAAUCUAUUGCUACUCGUAAUUAUUUUAGUUGUUCUGAAAGUAGGUCAUAUAGUACAAGCAUUCCAAUGGCAAGGAAUGCAAAUGACAACAAUACAAACAGAGCCAUACCAGUGAUCGAUCAGGUAAUGCGUGCAACCAGUGGUGCCACAGUUGCGUUUUCGGGCAUUGGACAACAUACAAACAAAUUUAUCAGAAAGAUAGGACUUAAGAGCAUUGAGGCAGGCGUUGGUUGUGGAGUAGGCUUUGGUCAUGGUUUUGGUGUUGGUGUGGCCUUAAAACCGGGAGCUGUGAACAAUAUACAAGCUUGUCUUAUGCAAGGAGUGACAGUUAUAAUGAAAAAGUUGAAGAUUAUACCAGACUUGUCUUUUGCUGGAAAGAUUGCUCUUCCGGAUUCAGUAGGAUCUAGUGUGCGAGAAGCAUCUGAAACUGCAGGAAAAGCAUUCCAGGAUCAAAUGGGGAGCGGCAUGCAGCUGGCGUCAAAAAGUGCAGAGAAAGUAUAUCAGAAUCCAUUUGGGAAGAGUAUGCACAAGGCCAGUCAAACUGCUACUGGGGCUUUCACUGCAAAUAGAUCAGAUACAGUCAUGGGAAAUUUUCCGCAGGUUGGAGCUCCACAUCUUAUGGAUAAGACGGGUUCUAAUGAAGAAGUAGGGAAACUGCAGUCAGAAAACCAGACACUACAAAUGCUUUUGAGGCAUCAGGAAAUACUUGAAGAGCUGAAGGAGGAGAAUAAAAUAUUCCGUAAGAUACUUGUUGAAGAAUUGAAUGUGUCUCCUGACCGACUACAUAAGAGUAAAACUGGCCUACAACAAGAAGCAAAAAGAAUGUUGUCAAGGAUGAGGUAAUAGUUAUGGAUAUUACUCUCAUGAGGAAAUCAACAAGGUUAAGGAACAAAUUUCAUUAGUGAAGAGAAAUGUGAGGUUGUUAUGCAUUAUCUACAAGGAAAUAUACAUUGCCUAGGAGAAGAUAUAUCAGAAAUACGAAGCAUGCUAAAUGCUUAUAUAAAAAGGACCGAGAGUGGAUGUCCCAAGGAACCAAGGUGAAUCAUGUAGAUUAGCUAAUAUUGAUGCAAAUAUUAGAACUUAUAUGGCAUCUAGCAACUUUAUACCAAAGGUGGAUAUGGAUAAAUU